AUGUACAACGGCGGCUCCCCAGACAUCCACGCCAACUAUCCCAACAUCGGCCACCCCUCCAGUCCCAAGCACGUCCUCCUCUCCUCCAACCCCAACCACGCCCAACCCCCCUCCAACCCCAACUACGUCCUCCUCUCCUCCAAGCCCAACCACGCCCAACUCCCCUCCCACCCCCUCCCAUCCACCCACCCCUUCGCGGCCUCAAUCACUCCCGCCACAAAAGUCUGGACGGCUCCACCUCCACCGCCCCUUAUCGACUGGGACAUUGUCUGUCCGCCCACCACCCCCCCUCCCCCCAUGUCACCCACACCCACCCCAACAGGCCGAAAGCGUGCACUUGCGCUCCUCAAGCCCAAGGCCAAGUCUGCCGACUCUCCCCAUCCCAAGACGAAGGCCCCAAAGUUCAAGACCAAGUCGCUUCCACUCGUGGCUUCUCCGCGCCCGCCUUUCAGCUCGUCCAUCGCGUCUCCCCCACGCCCUUCCUUGAGCUCAUCUAUGGGAUCGCCCAAGACCCCAAAGUCCAACAAGUCGGCAACACCCACCACCACCCCCCGAGGGAGCUUGGACACCCCAGCAUCACCAGCCUCCUCAGCUGGGCCGCUUACGCCGCCCAGCUUCCUGCGCCGGUUACCGAGCCUGCCGAACCUGCGCCGCAAGCGCAGCACCGAGUUCAACUCGUUCUGCCAACCUCCCAUCGGAUACGAGUGGGUGCCACUCUACCACGAGCCGGAGCACACCGAACAAGUUUCCACAACCGAGAUCGAGUCGGUCCAGUCACUCCCCAUCCCAAAGUCGUACGUCUCGGAGCCUUACGCCUCGGAGCCGUACGACCUCGUUACUUCUCCCGACUUUGAGCCCUCCAACACCCACCCCGACGCACCCGAAACUAAGCCCGACACGCACAUCCCCGACGCACCUGGAACCACCCCCAACACAGCCGACACCCAGUCCUACCCGCCAGACAAGCGCACGCGCCGACAGGGACGGAUCUUCACUCCCGGCUUCGCGGACGCUCUGCGUGCCGAGCUCGAGUGCCGUUGCCCAACGCCUUGUAGGGACGCGGGGGCGUUUGACGACACCCAGGACAUGGUCGCGCAGCUCUGCGCCUUCGGGAUUAUCUAG